GCAAGGCCAUGUUGCUCAGUUGGAAGGCUAAGCCAAGAUGAAAAGAUCAUUAUUGACGCUAAUGACCCUCAUUUCCCAUGACAUGAAUUAUCUUUCACACUGAACAUGAUUUUUUUUUUUUACAAAAUUUGAAAUGAUGCGUUUUUUUUUAAAAAAAAUAAUUUGACUCCUAUUUAGCUGCCACCUGUCAGAAAUGUCAUUAAAAUAUUGCUUCCCCCAAACAGUCGGAAUACCCGAUGCCGAAAAAAUAGCCUUUUAAUACAUGGCCUCCCACUUCCAUUCCGUACUCCACACCUCACUGUAUUGGAUCCAAUCAAAUCAAAUAAUUAAAUCUUCUCAAAACUCAUUCAUAGCCAUAUAGCCAUGUCUCUCAAACUUUACGUAGAUCGUCUUUCUCAACCUUCUCGUGCUCUUCUCAUCUUCUGCAAGUUAAAUGGAAUUGAAUUUGAGGAGGUUAAUAUUGAACUUUCUAAAGGCCAGCAUCGCACUCCUGAAUAUCAAGAGGUUAAUAUCAUGAAGCAAGUACCAGCUAUAGUUCAUGGCGAUUUUAAGCUUUUUGAAAGUCAUGCAAUUCUUAGAUAUCUAGCUUCUGCAUUUCCCGAAGUUGCUGAUCAUUGGUAUCCAAGUGACGUGAAGAAAAGAGCAAGCGUAGAAUGUGUCUUGGAUUGGCACCAUGCUAACUUACGUCGCGGUUCAGCCGGAUAUGUGUUUAACAGUGUACUAGCACCUGCAUUUGGACUACCUUUGAAUCCACAAGCUGCUGCAGAAGGUAAAAAGCUCCUUUCAGCAUCUCUUGCAACAAUCGAUACCUACUGGCUGCAGAAAGAUGGGAGAUUUUUGCUUGGAAAUUCCCAACCUUCCCUUGCAGAUCUUAGCUUAGUUUGUGAAAUUAUGCAGCUUGAGUUUCUUAAUGAGGAGGAUCGUGGCAGUAUAUUUAGUCCGCACAAGAACGUUUUGAAGUGGAUCGAUGAUGUGAAGAGUGCCACAACACCUUAUUUUGAUGAAAUGCAUGCAACCCUCUUCAAAGUUAAAGAGGUUACGAAGCAGCGGGCUGCCGGACCAAGCAGUUAGGCUACAUGAUCAAGCUGAAGAUCUAUCUGCAUCUAAAGUCAUGUGAAAUCUAUUACAUUGUGUUAAGGGGCUUGCAUUAUAACAUUUUGUGUGCUUUCAAGGUUAAGCAUUUCGCAGUAUGCUUUGUAUUCUCAAAACUGGUGAUAAUGCUGAGUGACGUUAAUCUUUUUGAUCUUUUGAAUUAAAGUUCUUAUUUUGAGUAUCAAA